CCCAGGCUUCCCAAGGCCAGCACCAACAUCCAAUGGAGCCAACCGAUCGGCAUGCACAUUCGUGCGAAUAGCGACGAGCCGCUCAUGGUGUUCCGGCGCGCGAUAGGGAUCAACAGCGACCUGGCGCCCAAGUCGGCACGGCCAGGCGCCACAGAGUUGGGCCUGCGCGAGCCGACAGGCGUCUACAAGAAUGUCCUGCGCGAAAAGAGGCGGCGCAAGGCUCAGCACUUUGUCAUGUCGUGGCUGCUCUAUUUUAUCCACUUCGCGCAGAUUGUCAUCGGCGCAACCUUGACGGCCCUGGGCCCCAACGCAUCGCGGUAUACCGUGCCUAUCACCGUGCUGGGCGCCAUCAACACCGUCAUAGCGGGCGUGCUGGCUCUCAUGAAGGGCCAGGGCCUGCCUGAGAGGUUACACAAGGACGAGACGGAGUUUCGCAGGCUGCAGGAGUGGAUCGAGGAGACGGAGGCGCUGCUGGUCACGGGGGUCAUCGGGAAGGACAGGAGGGAUAUUGGGGUGCUGGUCGAGAGCGCGUUUCGUAAAUAUAACUCGGCGCAGAAGUCGCAGGAGAACAAUCGUCCGGAUAAU